AAACUCACCGUUUCACCAGUUGAUAACAGCGGGAAGUGAGCGAGUCUACCCGCCGGAAAACGACGAUGCUACUGAGACAAACAACCAGAGCUAUGUCCCCUCUCUCUCUCCUCCCUUCCCUCUCUUUCUCUCUCCUCUUCUCCCCAAAUCCCCCUCUGAUAAACCCUAAAUCCUCCUUAAACCCUACUUCACUUCCCAAAAUCAAUUUCAAUUCCAGGCUCCGUUCUCUAUCUUCUGCAAUUUCCCCAAUUUAUUCGACGAAUUCACAAACCCUAGAUUUCGAUGUUGAACCUUACUUAUCGUGCUCGAUGGCUGGUAAUCGCCACAAAGUUGCUGUUCUUAUUAGCGGUGGCGUCGAUAGUAGCGUCGCGUUGAGACUUCUCCAUGCUGCUGGUCAUUCUUGUACUGCUUUCUAUCUCAAAAUUUGGUUCCAGGAGGACUUUGAAAACUUUUGGUCCGAAUGCCCGUGGGAAGAUGAUUUGGGAUAUGUUAAGGCUGUUUGUGAUCAGGUCGAUAUUCCAUUGGAAGUUGUGCAUUUAACCGAUGAAUACUGGGAGAAAGUGGUCUCUUACAUUAUUGAAGAGUAUCGAAAUGGGCGCACUCCUAAUCCUGAUGUGCUCUGUAAUACAAGAAUAAAAUUUGGUGCAUUCAUGGAUGCAAUCAGCAGUAUGAAUUUUGAUUAUGUAGCCUCAGGACAUUAUGCAAAUGUGAUUCAUCCAUCAACUGAAGCCCUGGAUAAUCCUUCUGUUUUACAGCUGUCAAGGGAUAUGGUCAAGGAUCAAACUUAUUUCCUGUCACAUCUUGAUCAAAGUCAGCUUAAACGCCUUAUUUUUCCUCUGGGAUGUAUAUCAAAGGAUGAGGUCCGUAAACUUGCCAGCAAAUUUGCUCUUCCAAACAAAGAUAGGAAGGAUUCACAAGGAAUAUGUUUCCUUGGAAAAAUAAAAUUUAGUGAUUUUGUUACACGACAUAUUGGUGAGAUGGAAGGUGUCAUGUUGGAAGCUGAGACAGGGGAUUUCCUUGGCCAGCACCGUGGAUUUUGGUUUUACACAAUCGGUCAGCGUCAAGGACUACGCCUUCCUGGGGGACCAUGGUAUGUUGUUCAGAAGGACGUCAAAAAUAAUGUAGUGUUUGUCUCGAGAAACUAUUAUUCCGUUGACAAAAGAAGGCGCGUGUUUCGUGUUGGAUCUUUGAAAUGGCUUGGCUUGCCCCCAGACAACAUGAGUGAGCUGCAGUGCAAGGUUCGACACGGUCCUAAUUUCUAUUGCUGCAGUUUAACAAUGGUAUCUGGUGAGAACUGCAAUGGAGAUGUCGCAGUUGUUCAUCUAUCAGAAGAUGAUCAAGGCUUAGCAGCUGGGCAGUUUGCUGCCUUCUACCAAGGGAGGACAUGCGUUGGCUCUGGCAUAAUACUCGAGUCCUGGGAUGAGGAAGAAGGUUUCCCAGUUUGUGAGAAGGCUCUUGAAAUCGCAAGAAUGGAAGACAAGUCAAAACUCGGAAAACCUGUGAAAAUCAAGGUUAAACCGGAGGAUCCUCAAGUGGGUCUCAAUGAGAAGGCCGGAAGUACCAACUCGUCAAAGGUUACUACUAGAGGAGUAGAAUCUGAAGAGAAGGUGACUGAUGGCGUUUCGCCUAAUUGGAUGCAACAGCUGAAACAGAAAAUUUUGCAGCUGUUUUAGUUCUCUUAUAUUUCCUCCGUUCUUAUUUAUGACACAAUUUUCUUUUAAGGAAAUUCCUUUUUAGUUGACACAAUUCUAUUAUGGGAAAAUUUUAUAGGAUGAAUUGUCAUAUUUGCCAUCACUUAGAGGUGAAAGUGAUGGUUGGUUGUUGUUGUUAAGGGGCACUUUAACUUUCUCUUUUACCUCUCCUUAUAUGUGUGUCAAAACCAAUUGUGUCAUGUAAAUAAGAACGGAGGAAGUAUGUAUUUCAAAAGGACGUUGGGUUGCAAUUUUGUAAAUGUAGUUCUACCUGUUUAUUUCCCCAUUUCUGAGACAAGGUAGCAGGUUCCACAGGCAGACAGUGUACUUCACAUAAAUCUAUAACAUGCAUUUUGUA